CGCGAGAUCCCAGGUGCCGUGAGGAGGGGAGGCGCUGCACGAGACGGCGCACGUGGAGGUCCCCGCGGCGCCAUUACUGCCGCUGCUGACGGCGAGCAGAGGGAGAACCGCGACUCUCGUUUGUGUGAGUCGCGCAGUCCGUCAGCCAUCGUCGCUGCUUCGCUUCGCCAAUACCAACUUGGUCGGGAUGUGGAUGGGACGGUGCAAGGAAAGCUACCAUUCAGAUAGAAACGGCGUGCUCGCAGGCAUGGCGUGUUCAAACACCAGAUGAAUCACACAGCAACGGCCGCUGACAAGCCUAAUUCUUCCGGGAGCACGGUAUUGAUAAUAUUCUCUUCACUGUUUGCAGCUGAGCGUGGUCGUGCUGGUCGUGGACGUGGCCGUGGUGGCCGCGGUCGCGGCCGUGAGUUUGACAGGCACUCUGCUACCGGCCGGACUGACUCUGGAAAGGCCAUUGCUCAGGGCUGGGGCGGUGACGACCCCAAGCGCGAGCAGGACGCGGAGGAGGGCGCUGUCCUCGACGCCGUCGCCGAGGAGAGCUCUGUCGCUACGCCCGCCAACGGCGAGACCAAGGCCGACGGUGCCGAAGCUGCCGCUGCUGACGCUGGCGCUCCAGCUGCUGUCGAGGAGGUGGACAACACCAAGACUCUCGACGAGUACCUCGCCGAGCAGGCCACCAAGAAGGCUGCUAUCAACGGCACCAAGGCUCCCACUCCGCGCCAGGCUGACGAGUGGAAGGAGUUCGGCACCAAGGUUCAGAAGGCCUCCGAGGAUUCAGAGAGCUACUUUGCCGCUACGGCAUCAAGUAAGGAGUCUGCCCGCGCGCAAAAGGCUCGCAAGGAGAAGCAAGCCGUCGAGAUCGACACGUACUUUGAGGCGCCCGCAAGUGGCGAGCGCGGCGUGCGCGGUGGCCGAGGAGGCAGUAGGGGUGGUGCCGGACGCGGCAGGGGCAGCGACCGUGGCUCUGGCCGUGGCGGUGCCACCCGUGGCAGCCGCGGUGGCCCCGGCGGUGCCAGCGGCCGCAGCGCUCGCGGCCAGGCUAACUUCAGCUUGGAUGACAGCCGUGCGUUCCCCUCGCUUAGCGCGUAAAUGCGCAACCCCGCGACGCCACAGCAGCCACUGUGUUGGGAGCUUCUGUUGCUACAUUGGGAGCAUGACAAGCGUUGCCUCGCCUCCCCGCCUGGCAUUUGAUUGCAGGACCCUCAAGAAGGCAAUAUUCCGAAGAACCACCCCACCACACAACGUAACAUAACACAAAAAGUCCGCAGCCGCACUCCCCUUUCCACGUGAGCGUCGUGAGAGGGGCAGCUUGGGUUGCCGCAGAAAGAAAAUACAGAAGGAGAAAAGGGAAGAUACGGGACACCCCCUUCCAACGAACCAACCACCCAACCACAUACAUACACAAAACCCCCAUGUCUUUUUCUUCGCACGUUUUGUACUUUUUCUUUCUGCAGGGCGAUGAGAUCAGAGCUAUCGAUUGAUGAUUGGCG